CGGUCAGCUCGUCUGGGUGGAGUGAAGUUUAGACAUGUACUAUAACAAAUUAGCCAGGAGGAGAGCUUCAUGGCAGAGUGGAAAACACUCAAAGAGUAGAAAACAUCCGUAGAAGACAAAGACAAAACCGCCAGAGACGCUCCGAACAGCGAGCGGAGAUGAGUGAUGUGACUGAAGAGUCGCUGCUGGAUUAUUUCUACUCGACCGGAGGCAAUUCAGGCAGAGUGAGAAACGCAGAUAUACUGAAGACAUUUAAGCCUUUCAUUGGCCACAAUGACCUGCAGCUACGUGCUAAAUACAGAGAGGAAUUCAAGCUCAUCAUCGACCGGAUCGCUGUGGUGAAGUCAGAGAAUGGUGAGAAGUAUCUAAUCCUAAAGAAGAAAUACAGGCACUUGUUGCAUGAUCGAGACACCAAACAUCAGGGGACAGAUGGGGACCGACAGAGACACCAGAGCCCAGCCAGACCACCAGCCUCUGUACAGUGGGAUUCAUCAUCUUCUCCUCACCAGAAGGAACAGAGGGAUGAGGCGAUGCUAUGUGGAGAGUCUGACGGCGCGACAGAGGACCAGCAGAUUCUUCCUGCCGUCCAAACCCAGGAUCCCUCGACACAAAGCAACGGGGAGGAUGAGCUGGACAGAGACUCGGGCUCAAAGUCAGAGUCGGAGCAGGACGACGAGUGUACAGGCAGCAUGGGCUCCGCUGCAGUUGCUCUGGAUCCUAUAGAGAAAGAGUGGAUCUACUCUGCUGCCGGUGCUCGAGUCCCUGACCUCUCUCAGCUGCUCAGACAGGACCCCUCGCUGGCAAACAAGAAGGACUUCACCUCAUUUACAGCUCUGCACUGGGCAGCCAAACAUGGCAACGAGGACAUGGCCACUCUGGUGGUUAACGCUGGUGCCGAUGUCAACACUAAAUCCGUGAGUGGAUAUACACCUUUACACAUUGCAGCAUUACACGGUCAUCGGCACAUUCUUGACCUGCUCGUAGGGACAUACGGAGCUAAAGAAAACUUACGGGACUACAGUGGCCAUCUUGCCGGCCAUUAUCUGAACAUCAAAGAACCAGAAGGUCCAGAGGAAGACUGCGAGCUGCAGUUUCAAGUCACUCAGGCCAGAGAGCGGAACAAGAACCGGAAGCUGGUGUCGCUGUUCCACUCCAAGAAGAAGUGGGGCUCAGCAGAGGAGCUCGCUCCCAUAGAGGAGGAGAGAACGGCGUCACAUCAGCUCGUCCUUCCAGCGUUCAGACCCAGAAAAUUCUCCCGCUGAGGGGAAAAAAAAGACCCAGGGACGAUUUCUGACUCUGCACCCGCUUACACAGUUUGUCCUUAUGUUCAUACAUAUUUACACACAUGAAUGUAACAGGCAGUAACAUGUGUAUAUUUAUUAUUUGUACUCACAGACAUUGGCACUCAUUCCAUUGAUACUAAUGCCCACAGACACUCACCUAAACAGCUCUUACAAGCUGGGAACACAAAGGCUUUAACUUUUGAUGAGAAAUGUUACAAGUGAUGCUUUGCUCAGAUGUGUAUUGUCAAUAUUUAUGCUCACCACAGAAGUAUUUUUGAAGCCUUUAAAUUUAAUGUAUCUCGCUAAAUGUUACUCAUGGAGCCUUACAAUUUUACAUGAACUCAGGCAACAUGAUUCUUUAAGCUUGGCUUUUCUUUUGUGUUAAAAUAAGUAAAUCUGGCAAGAAGGAGACAACUGGACUGGAAAACUGUCUGGAACUGGUCAGGAAUACAACACUUUGGUUUUUAAAAUAGAUGAACUGUCUUCUAAAACAGUGGCCUCUGUAGUUUUGAGUUAUUUAAGUUGGUGCAUUUGUGAGGACUAUUUUCAGCUCCACAUUUGUUGCACUGGUGAGUACUUAAGCAGCAGUAUUACUACAGUAUUGAUAUUUAUUUUAUCAUUUUUGGACAACAUGGAGCGAAAUAGAAAAGCAGAACAUACUACAUUCAACUUUAAAUGCACAGAUAAUACCGUGUCUCUUUAUAAACCCAUACAAUUCCACCAGAUGAAGCCUUUAAAGGAUAAUUUAAUCAUUCUGAAUGUCACAGCCUUGUAAAAAUGUGCACUUAAACUUCGCAUCCAUGCAGAUUCUAGGUCAAUAUGUUAAUUAUGUGGUAAAUUAAUUCUUUGAAAAAUUAUUGGUGCUGUGAGGAGGCUUCAACCUUAUGUUUAACUUUUUUUAUGAAAGCCUUUAAUUUAUACUGAAAAAAACUGCAGAACCCUCCACUCAAUGACGUUAAAAUUCAAGCAUUUUAACUUGAAACCAAAGUGAGAAAAGUACAGUAGAAGAAUGUCAAAAUGUGCUCUAACCUUAAUAUUUAACCACAGUAUCUUUUUUUUAAAAUUGAUUUUCCAUUUUGUGCUGAUUUUUAAAUACUUUAGAUGGGACUAUUUAAUGAAAACAUAAAUCUGCGGUGAUGGCUCGUUCCCUGCCUUCAUAAUGCAGUCAGGGUACCUGCCGCUCAGCAAACAGAAAAAAUACAAAACCGUCCCCCCUUUUCUUACCUACAUCCCUCCCUAAUCAUUAUCUUGUGAAUGCAGCCCUGCUUGUCACAAAAGUCGGGAUUCUCAGAUACCAGAUAACGUUCAUGAAUGCACCGUUGAUUAACCCAGCUUGUACUAAAAUACUACGAGUCAAUAAUGUGACUUGAUGGAUGGAUAAAUCAACAAAUAACGGAUAAAUCAAUAAACUGGUAAAUGUCAGUCGUGAUUUAGCUGUUUCAAGAUUGGCUAAUGGAAGGUGAAAAUUGGGCUUAAACAUAUAAAACCAUCUUUAAAUCUGAGUCAAUGAGGGAGAAGAAAUACAGCACUGUUUUUUUUUUUGUCAUGGUGCAGUGAGUCAGUGUUUGAGAUUUAUUGGUAUGAAGAAUCAAGAGCAUAGCUGUAGAUUUUAAAUCUUAAGUAACUGUUUUUAGACUGAUGUACCUGCAGAUUGAGUGCUGCUCUGUUACUCGAUAAAGGCUUGUUACAAACGCGUGUCAAACAUGAGAUUUUUAGCUAACUGUACUCGAUUCGUGCACCUGUUGUGUAUCAAAGUGCCUGUAAACUUUUGCAAAGAAAACAGAAAACCCGCACUGCUAUAUUGCCUUCUGGACUAUUUUGCCAAUUAGUUCAAAGGCUUCUUUUAAUUGUUCACUAUAGUAAUUUAUAGUAGAAGAUGCUCACUUUUGUUUGUAAUUCAGUGCCAUUUGUUAGUCUUUUAGUUUUAUCAGCUAAUUGUAUAACCUGAAGAGCCAGCCUCUUACUUUUUUUCACAGUGUUUAUAAAAUGAAAAUAUUUUGGAAUUAAACAGUUUUUUAUAUGAA